GGGAGCGCCGAGAGGAAGACGCCCGUGAAGAAGCUGGUGUCCGAAUUCUCCAAAGUGAAGAGCAAGAGCCUCAAGCACUCUCCAGGCAAAGAGGAGUCGAGCGGCUCCUUGUCCGAAACUGUUUGCAAACGAGAACUGCGGAGCCAAGAGACUCCGGAGAAAAACCGCUCGCUCGUGGACACGCCGCUGCGGCCCGCGGCCCCGCUCAAAGGCGCCGGCGCCCACCCCAAGGAGAAGGGCUUCUUCAGCGAGAUAGAGGACCUGCCCUACCUUUCGACCACGGAAAUGUACUUGUGCCGCUGGGCUCUCUUUGGGUGUCCGCUUCCUACGGGAUCACACGUGUCCCGCGGCCCCCCCGGCCUUGAGGAGCCGGGACCCCCGGAGCGAGACCCGCCGGCUCCCGGGGCAACACUGUGA